UAUCAGUCGUAGAUCAAUAAAUAUAUUAUCUCAUCUGGACUGACUACUUCUUUUCCAUUACCAAUAUCAUCUUUCGAGUACAAAAUCGCCAUGCUACGUCGGAAUAGAACACCCGUCUCCUGUGAGCCUUGCCGCAUAGCCAAAGUACGGUGUGAUCAUGUCACUCCAGUUUGUCAACGAUGCCAGUCAAGAAAUAUUGUUAAUCAGUGCUACUAUCAUCCUGCUCCGUUAACUAAAGCAAAGGGUGGAAAUAGCGGUUCGCUCACAAAACAGAAACACCGGAGUCAAGCCAGGUCGAAAUCAAAGGCAAUCACCUGCACUUCAAUAAACUCGCAAAGGAAAGCAAAUCAAUGUUCUUAUGCAAAUUUUACCGGAGUACCCGAUAGUUUCUUCUUUCUUGGGCCCACUAGCUACUUAUCUGUAUUCAGAGACGCCCCCUUAUUGACGGCACCGAACGACUCUCUGAAAGCAGAAUUCGAGCAGUGGCGAACCGACUUUACAUAUACGUGUUCCCGUCUAGUUCACUUGAUUUCUAUGGUCGGAUUUUACUAUGACCAAAUCGCUUGGUACUAUGGUCGGGGAGGUUUCAGUAUUAUUCCAGGGCCACUUGUCCUACGUUCACUCCACCUGGUGCAAGAACAUAUUGAGAAGAAUUACCGGGACAUGACAAGUGACAAAAUUUACAAGGAAAUCACCAGUGCAACAUCACGUCCCAUGAAGGUCACUACUAACGUAUCACCCAAUGAAUUCUGUUCUUUAUUCACAGGGGAGAACCUUCGGUGGGAAUUUAUUGGUUUUAUUUUUGCUUUGGCUGGACUUAGUGUUCAGCAUCGAUAUAAAGGCACUCAUAUCUUGAACCUAAAAGGAGAAGAGAUGGAUGCUGAGACAUUUACAAAAGAGAUGGUACUCGCAGGUAAUGCUUGUAUUCAGAUAUGUGGACAGCAUGGACAUGUUAACGACGUGAUGAUUUGGAUGCGGUACACUCAUGCCCUCUUAGUAUCAGAGGUAUUAGGGGAAACCAGUCAGAGACUAUAUAGUCUUCUUGGUGACUUAGUCUCGAGUGUUUACGCAAUGGGUUUACAUUAUGAUUGUCAUUGUGUUAAUGCUCCAUUCUAUCUUUCUGAAACCCGAAAGCGAGUAUUAGCGAUUAUACACAAGGGAGAUAAGGGUGUAUCGACACUUCUAGGACGGCCACCCCGUCUACCGCAUAAAUACUGCGAUACCACCCUACCGCUAGAUCUAGCAGAUGAUCAGCUUUUUGUGGCUGAUAAGGCUAGUGUACUUAAAGGACUUAAUGAAGACGGCUGGAAUCGCCAAGGACAGUUCUACCCGGCAACUGUGAUACGCAUGCGUUCGAUAUUAUCAACAGUUAGGGAACAGGUGCUAGAACUGGCCUUGGAGCGCAAACAUGAAAAUUAUGAUGAAAAUAUAUUGAAGACGUACCAAUCAUGCCAAACAGCCUGGGACCAGAUCCCAGUCAGAUUCCGUUAUAAUUCUUGUUGUUGGCAAGAAAAAGAUAUCAUCGAAUGCCUAGCACGAGCAAUUAUAUAUUUUGAAUACCUCUCUAGUGUUUUUCACCUGCAGAGAAUAAGAACGAGAUAUACAGAGAGUCCUGAUGCUACUAAAGAUUUACUUGAUACCUCAAUGCAGGUGCUAGCGGUUGUCAUGGAUCUAAUAAAGCAGUAUCAUCGACAUGACGUUCAGAAGCAAUUUCAAUGGACUUUUCUUGUAUACGGCAUUCCAGCCGCUGGUGUGCUUGUCACUGAGCUCCAUCGUCAUACUAUUUCUAAUCACCCUCUUCCGUCAUCAUCAUCCCGGUCAGAAAUUAUUCGCACUCUCAGCACUUUGAUAUCGUGGCUUCAAACUAUUGAAAUGCCGUCCUCAGUCACCACUAAUGCGUGUGUGGAAGUCAUAAACGUGAUAAGUCGGCUUCUUGAUGAGGCGCUAAACUACCGGUCUUUCCAUUCUCCUCCUCCAUGUUCUACUUUUCAAGAUCCUAAACACCAGUUGAAAAGUCACAAUACUGGUGUGCGGAUCUCCACACCUUUUCCGGAACAGUGUACAGAGGAAAUGGCUCAAUCACCGCAACCACAAAUAACUAUAGGAGAAACAUCAAUGGGACCAUCAAUGGGACUAUCAUUAGGUCUCGAAAUGGACAUGAGAUUUGGUGAUGACAUAAUGAGUGAAGGACUGAAUUGGCUUGAUGAUUUGGAUUGGGAUACAGGAAAUACAGUGACAGCGGACAAGGCUUCGUAAUCACAUCAUCUUCUAUCACCCGAGUGAACCUACAGGCUUAAGAUUGACUCAGCAUAUGAUCAGCGAUCACAUGAAGUUGCUGUGGUGUCAGCAGUU